AACAUGAGAGCCAAGCCAGGUCAGCUACGGGAGAGUCUUGGACAAGACGGACACCUUGAACGGAACAACUUCAGCACACCCGAUGGAAACUUUCGAGAAUCAACUUCAAACGUGGCCCUGUAAACCCCCGACGAUAUGAUGAAAAUCCCGAACUACCAUCGCUCAACCCAGGUUCACCACACCCCAAACUUGCAUAACAACCUGAUUCCAGCUCAGGUUAUCAACGGUAUGCUAAGUAAGGGCAUUCAGCUGCCGUCGCGGCGAACGUGGUCACGGGAUUGGCUGGCUGUCACAGCUGCCCAGGCUCAUACUGUCGGUCUUCAGACUCGAGCAUCCGCCAACAUCCCCCCUACCUGGGGCCAUAGCAGCCAACCUGAUUUGAUCACUGCAUCGACACCACUCAGUGCCCGUCGCUCCUCUACCUCUAAUCUUCACGACAUACUCUACCAUCACAGCUUGACGGACAAUUUUCUGAGCGGGCCUACAGCUUUAUUUUCCACUCCGAGUCGCUCCCACGAUGUGACGACAAUCGAUGCGCGACGGGUCACCAUUUACGGGGCUUUCGAACCCAGCGGUCAGCACCUGGGCACAGCAUCACAGACGCUCCAAAAAGCUGAACCAAUGCCCCCCCCGCGUCGGCUACGGAAGCAUUCACCACCAUAG